AAUAUGGGAAACAGUAUUUGUUUUAAUGAGUUCAACUCUUGUGAAAGUCACCAGUGGUACAGGAAGUUUAUGACCGAGUGCCCAUCCGGACUUCUUACAUUUUACGAAUUCAAGCAAUUCUUCGGACUGAAAAAUUUGUCAGAAUCUUCCAACGAAUACGUCUAUACCAUGUUCAAAACAUUCGACAUGAAUGACGAUGGCUUCAUCGACUUCAUGGAGUACGUGGCUGCCCUUAGCCUGGUCCUGAAGGGGAGUGUGCAGAAGAAGCUGCGCUGGUACUUCAAGCUGUACGACGUCGACGGAAAUGGCUGCAUUGACCGCGAAGAGCUGCUCACCAUCAUCAAGUCCAUCCGUGCCAUAAAUGGAAGCAAACAAGAGAUGUCUGCGGAGGACUUCACCAACAUGGUGUUCAACAAAAUAGACAUCAAUGGCGAUGGUGAGCUCUCGCUGGAGGAAUUCGUGGAGGGCAUUCAAAAUGACCAGAUGCUGCUGGACAUGUUGACCCAGAGUCUGGACCUCUCUCACAUUGUGAAGAAAAUCCAAGGGGAGAUGAACAGCUCUAAUUCCUGA